UCUCUGUUAUAUAUAUAGUUGCCGCAGCGCUUCCUCAACCCCAACCAACACAAAGCAAAUAUCUCACCCAGCUCACACCAGCUCAGCUCAGCUCACCAGGCAGAAGAGGAAGAGCAGGAGGAGGACGACGGCGAAGAAGAGAAGCAGAUCACGCCAUGCCAAGACAGUUUCUUGGUAAGAAGGUGAGGUCACAGGAGGCUCCACCCGCAUCCUCAACUACGCCAACAAGGGCGGCCACGGCGGCAGCCUCAAGAACGCCAACAACGGCGGCUCCACCAUCGACUGUAAUAACAUCAACUGGUGCAGUGGCGGCCUCAAGCCAUGUGCGGUCGAGGACGCCGACACACUGUGACUGUUCCACGGGAAUGACGACAGUGGUGGCUCCGUCUGAGGCUUCUAUAACGUCAACUGACGCAAUGGCGGACUCAAGCCAUGUUCAGUCGAGGAUGCCCACGCCAAAUGUUUGUUCCUCAAGCAUGACAUCAAUAGUGGUUCCGUCCAUGGAUUCAAGAGCUUCGACUAACGCAACGACUGCCUCAAGCCAUAUGCGGUCGAUGGCGCCGACACCAGGUGAGGGGUCCUCAAGAAUAACAUCAAUGGUAACUCCAUCCGCUGCUUCAGAAAAGUCAAUUGGUGCAAAGCCUGCCUCAAGAGGGUCGAGAACGUCGACGCCAAAUGAUUGUUCCUCAAGAAUGACAUCAAUGGUGGUUCCGUCCAGGGACUCAAUAGCCUCAACUAACGCAACAACGACCUCAAGCCAUAUGCGGUCGAUAGCGUCGACACCAGGUGAGGGGUCCUCAAGAAUGACAUCAAUGAUAGCUCCAUUUGCUGCCUCAGUAAAGUCAACUGGUGCAAUGGCUGCCUCAAGAGGGUCGAGGAUGUCGAUGCCAAGUGAUUGUUCCUCAAGAAUGACAUCAAUGGUGUGGUACCGUCCAGGGACUCAAUAG